GCUUGUGCCUUUCAGCGAUGGGGUGCUCGUGUGACGGCCAAUGCAAGCCGUCAGCGUCCGUCCGCAACGCUGCCCCGCGGCCAGCUGUGGGGAUAGCCGCAGGACGAAGGGCGCGCUGGGCGAGAAUUGGCUGGCGGUGGUCUCCUUCCUUGAGACUUGUGAGGCACAUGCAGGUGACUCCUCCUCGCUGGCCGCGGCUUGCACGCACUUGGCGCGGAUCUUGGGGGAUGAGGCUGCCUGGCGCGAGGCUCUCUUGGAGCAACAGCGCCGAGCCUGUGGCGGCUGCCUGCGCUUCGAAGGUACUUGGCGGCGCAGCUACCUCUGCGUCCAUCGGCAAGGCUGCCCUGGCCGUGGCGCCGCAAAGCCGCGGUGGUCAGCGAGAUGGGCUCUGCAGCCUUCGCUGCCGAAAGCGAGCUGGGCAGAGGUCUUGCAGCGUCGCAAGUGGCUGGAGGGUGAGGUGCCCAUCCUUUCUCCAGAGAAGCCCUACUUGUUAGAUGCCAAGGCGCUGCUGCCGCAGUACUUCGCCGCGUGGCCGGGCGCUUGGCAGCUGCCAAGGCUGCGGCGACGCUUCGCGCGGCGGCGUUUCAGCGUGGCGCUGCCGGGUGCCGGGGAGGUCUUCCGCAUGGAGCUGUGCCACUUCCUCCGCUACGCCUCAAGCGGCGCGGGCGCGGGCGACGCGCUGCCGCCCCGCUGGGAUGCUGAGCCCUUGUACCUCUUUGACCCGUUGCCCCCGAUGGCGCUCCGCCCGCUGCGGCAGCUGCGGCUCUGCGCGCAGCCGGAUCUGGCGCGGGAGGUGCCCUCGCUGGCCGAAAGGGUGGCGGAGGUGACGCGUGGGUGGCUGCUGAUUGGAGGCUCAGGCAGCGGUUCGCGCUUCCACACGGACGCCUUCGGCUGUGGUGCUUGGAACGUGACGCUGCUGGGCGCCAAGCGCUGGGCGAUGUAUCCGCCCGGAGCACGGCCGCCAGGUGUGUUGGACCUGGGUCCAGAGCGCUUUGCCGCCCCUGCGCCCAUUUUCUGGUUCUCUGAGGUGCUGCCACAACUGAGAAAGGACCAACUGCCCUUGGAACUCGUGACAAAGGCCGGGGAUGUUCUGUACAUCCCACCGGGCUGGUGGCAUUGCGUGCUGAAUCUCAGCCCUUCUGUGGCCUUCACCCGCAACGUGGCCUACGGCUGCCGCGCAGCCCCCGGUGUUUGCUCCGCCCUGGCGGCUCGCGGCGACGCGUCGUCAAAGGUCGCCGUCGAAGCGGUGAGGGGCUUUGUGUGGCGCCAGCAUUGCGAAGAAAAUGGCGUGGGGGUUUCAAUGGGGGAAGGUUUAUUUCAUGGAAAAAAACAUGAAAACCAUGGAUGA